AUGCAGAGAGGCCCCAGGAUCUCUGCGGCAGUUUCUGGGGGGAUAGAUUAUUCUGGGAUCGUCAUCACAAAGCCGGCAGCAGGUGCUUCGGGAAGGUUUGGAAAAGCUCUCACCCGCUCUCCACUCCCCCACCCCCCCCACCACCCCUCCACGCUCCGUGCUUCCAUGUCGUGGCAGAUCAUUCUGGGAUCGUCAUCACAAAGCCGGCAGCAGGUGCUGCGGGAAAUAGGCGUGCCAUUUGAGAUCAUGAAGCCAGGGAUAGACGAGGAGGCCAUUCGAAGUGCAGACCCCAACGAGCUUGUCUCCCUCCUCUCUCGCGCCAAGGUGGUGGUGCAUGAGGAUCGGAUUCUGGAGAAGCCUCUCUCCGAAGCUGAGGCUCGGGAGUUCAUCCGAGGCUACUCUUGCGCGCCUGCCCGCACUGUAGGGGCAGUUCUCAUAACGAAUCUGAACUCGGGCAAGCAGGCAGCAGCAGUGGAUGUUGCAGAGGUUUACUUUCGGGCCAUUCCUGACUCUGUGAUCGACCAGCUGGCAGACGGCAGCACUGGAGUAGACGUUGCAGAGGUGGUGCCAGAUGUUCACAUCCAGCCCAUUCCUGAUUCUGUGCUUGACCAGGUGGUGGCAGAGGGCGACAUUUUCUACUGCGCUGGAGGGCUCAUGGUAGAGCAUCCCCUGGUGGCGCCGCUGGUGGAGAAGAUGGUGAGGGGGAUUGGGGGAAGGGAAGAGGGGAAAGGGGAGAGGGGAGAGGGAGAAGUGGCGCCGCUGGUGGAGAAGAUGGUGAGGGGGGUGAUGGGGAAGAGGUUAGGGGAGUGGGAAGAGGUGGGAGGAGGAGAUGUGAGAGGUGCAAUGGUGGGGGGUAUCGAUGCAGUCAUGGGGCUGUCCAAGAGACAAACCGUGGCACUCAUUGCCCAAGGCGGGGGCAUUGUGAAUGGGGAGGCGCUGAAGGUGUACCCGAGGGAGGAGUUUCCUGCGGAGUUUGAGUUUCCGGGAAGCGACAGAAUACCGUCGACAAUGGCCGCUCUCGCCAACGCCGCUGUGCUCCCGUCCACCUUCGUCGGUCAGAGCGCUGAGCUCGCCGCCAAGGUGAACAAUGUCGAGGCCCGUGUGACCAUGAGGAAGACCGCCAAGGCGGCUCCCAGCAGCGCCUUCUACGGCCCCGACCGCAACCUGUUCCUGGGCCCGUUCUCCUCCCCCCCGUCGUACCUGACCGGCGAGUACCCCGGUGACUACGGCUGGGACACCGCGGGUCUGUCCGCUGACCCCGAGACCUUCGCCAAGAACCGCGAGCUCGAGGUGAUCCACGCUCGCUGGGCUCUUCUCGGUGCCCUCGGCUGCCUGACCCCCGAGCUCCUCGCCAACAACGGCGUCGAGUUCGGCGAGGCUGUGUGGUUCAAGGCCGGUGCUCAGAUCUUCUCCGAGGGUGGCCUUGACUACCUCGGCAACCCCAGCCUGAUCCACGCGCAGUCCAUCCUGGCCAUCUGGGCCACCCAGGUCAUCCUCAUGGGUGCCGUCGAGAGCUACCGCGUGGGUGGCCUUGAGGGCUUCCAAGAGGUUGAGGACCCCCUGUACCCCGGCGGUGCCUUCGACCCCCUGGGUCUGGCUGACGAUCCCGAGGCCCUCGCUGAGCUCAAGGUGAAGGAGCUCAAGAACGGCCGCCUCGCCAUGGUGUCGAUGUUCGGCUUCUUCGUGCAGGCCAUCGUCACCGGCAAGGGCCCCCUGGAGAACCUGUCCGACCACCUGGCUGACCCCACCGUCAACAACGCCUGGGCUAUGCCACCAACUUCACCCCCGGCGCUUAAGCGUGUUUCUAGCUUUGGUGUAUAG